AUGAAAGAUUUGACGCGCACAAUACACGAAUGCACGUGCAGCGCGUCACUUCCAAGACGAGCUCGGCUGAUGGACAAAGAUGUGUGCCGGCAGCCUCGCCUGACAUUCACACAUGGCGUGCUCGUCGGACAAGGCUCUCUAAUUGUCCUCGUUGCGCUCUUCUUGCGCUAUUUCGUCUUCUCUGUCGGGUCCAACGAAGCAGCAGCACGUCGUCAGCUAGCAUCGCUUCGACGGAAGCAGCAACGGCGGCACCACCGCGCCCAAUCUGCGUUCUCUACCUUUGAAGGCGUCCCUCCACCCGACACGGCUAUACUAGAGAAGCUAGGCUACGACUUGUCUCAUCAUGCACCCGAACCGGCAGACUGGCUCAAUGUUCUCAUCGCUCAGGCCACCGCGGGAUAUCGCGCCAUGGUCGUCAAUGCCGGCAAGGAGGGCGGCAGAGGCGCCAAAGGCUUUGUAGAGGAUGCUAUGAACGAUGUCAAAGCAGCAGAAGCCGCAAAGAACGCGAGCAUGCUCAUCGACCUGGAUCACAUCAGCAUCAAGGACCUCGACUUUGGGCAGGACUAUCCCGUCGUGUCCAACGCACGAGUCAGACCAAGCGAAGAGCCUGGCUGUACCAGGAUCGAGCUAGACGUCGAUUAUACAGAUCAUGUCUCUAUAAGCCUAGAUACCCAAGUGCUUGUCAACUUACCUCGACCGCGGUUCGCGAUGCUGCCCAUCAGUCUGACGCUCACACUAGCGCGCUUCUCCGCCACGCUCACGCUCGAGAUACCCACAACGCAAACGGAGGAUCCGCCUUCUGUCAUGUGUUCGCUUCAUCCAGAUUUCACUCUCGAUCUGACGUCGACGUCGCUCAUCGGCUCAAGAGCGAAAUUGCAAGACAUACCCAAGAUCGAGCAACUCAUCACUUCGAGGUUGCGAGGCGCCAUUGUCGAUCGUGUCGUCUGGCCUCGCAAAUUCGGCAUUCGACUGCCCACGAUCGGGCGGAAGACUGUCGUGGAUGACUUUGUCUGGAUUGACGAGGAUGAGUCGCUCGAGCAAGCCGAGGAUGAUUUGCACGAUCGUUCGCAAGGCACGUCUGACUCUUUGCUUGCGACAACACCCGGCGAUAUCUUUGCAGCCGCGAGUGAUGCAUUGGCCGCAGAUGCGCCUGAUUUCGAGGUCAGCCACGGUGAAGGUAGUCACGUACACCAUCUGGGUGGAGCGGGACGGCGACAAGGCGAGAGGCAUUCGAACCAGUCGACACCUCGAGCGCGACAAGAGUCGAGUCGGUCGAUGAUGACGCAAAGCUCAUACCAGCCCACGAGGAAGGCUCCCGGCAAGCUCACAGCGCGCGAUACCAAUCUUGCAGAUUCUGUGUCCGAGUCAGCUUCUGACUAUCGUCCGAGGUCGUCGUACGGUAGCACAAGCGCAGGAUUGGGCAGGACCUCUGCACUUGAUGCCGGUCGGCAAAGAGGUAGCAUCGAUGCUGCUGAUAUCUUACGGCAGCGGCAGUUUGCACAAGCACAACAGCAGGCGCACAAUCCGUUUAGAGCGAGACCGCCGGUCAGCAUGAGCGGCGGGGGAGGAGAUCGUGGUAUGGAUUUCCUGCCACCGGGCAGACUGAGAGGCACUUUGUGAGCACAGCAGCAAGCACAAUGUGUUGUAUGCAUUCGACUAUUGACAACUCUAGCAUUACACACGAUAGCUGGAACAAGAGACUGUACAACGGACAGUAUCAGGCUAGGGCGGAACCGAGUACUUUCAGUGCGAGUGCUCGGAUGAUGGCAGUGCGUUGGACGGCAUCGAGAUCUUUGAAAACGGCCAUGACGCUUCUACCCUUUGCAUCCCGAAUGGAG